AUGGUCAACUCGGGCAACUUCGAAGAGGCCCAGACAGCUCAGGUGGUAAUCUGCGAUUUCUCGGCAGCCGCGGUAGAAUCCUUCCUCCGCUUCUUGUACUCCGGAAUGGUGGAGGGCUCCUUGCUGACCCUGGUGGAGGUGGCGGCAGUGGCAGACAAGUAUCAGGUUCACCGACUGCACGCCCUCUGCGUGCAGGCGUGCCAGCAUGGGUUGAAGCCAGCCAUGGCCUGCGCAGCCUUCGAAUCCGCAGACCGCCUCAGACUUGCAAGCAUCCGACGGUCUGCCAAAGAGCAGAUCUUGAUCCAUCCGGGUGAGGCGUUGAAAGACGGGCAGAACCUGAGCCCCCAGCUGUUGUCGGAACUUCUGAGCUCGAAUCUGUUGUGCAUAGAGAACGAGGCGCUGAGGAGGCUGCUAUCGGCCUGGGGCAAUCAGAAGAAGCGAAAGGCAGCAGCCAUGGACGACGAUUCGCAGCAGCCCAUCAUAUCACGCUUCAUGUCGGAGCUGAGCAAGCUGAGCAACCGACGGCCUGCACAGCACAGCACGGUCUUGAAAACUCUGGGGGACCGCUAG